AUCUGGGGCUGCCAACUUGGAUCCGAAAAUACCAUCGACAGCCUGGAAGGAAUGGCGAAGAAAGGAAAGCAAGCCAAACAGCACGGCACCGUAGAUAGCUCCCUGGCCAAGUUGAAGAUGGGUAAUACCGCGACGUCUCCCACCGCUGCGGCGGACUCCAAGUCCACUCCCGGUGGGUCCCCGGUCAAAGCCAAACAAGGCAAAAGCGCUAGCUACCCCACGACGCCCAUCUCGACCUCCAAAUCGACCUUUAUAACCUCAUCGUCUCCAUCCACCCAAGACGACCCCCACGCGGUCCACGCUGGAACAUCGUCACCACACGACGAUAACGACGACGACGAUGUGGCAGGCGACGGCAAGGUCGUGACGUUGGUUCCCAAGAUCGAGCGCCGAUUGUCCACCCGACCUGAAGUCAAGGACUUGGACGACCAGGAUAUUCUCCAUUCUCUCACGAUUGCUCCGAUGAUCCAAUCCACUGCCAAGCAGCUGCAGCGUCAACUGAGUGCGGACCAUGUGUCGUCGCUCUUGACCAAGCGACCAUCAUUCGUGGACUUGACGGACCAGGGCAUCGUGUCCGACAAGAUCGCGCCGGCAUUGCAGGCUACGAGCGAUGCCUUGCGACGCAGCAUCACCGCGGACCGCCUCACGCACCACAUUGCCCGUCGACCCUCCCUUCAAGAUCUGGCCGACCAGCAUGUCGUCGACGACGGAACGCCAUCGUUGGCUCCAAGUUUGGCGGCGAUGGCAAAGAAGCUCGAGCGCACGAUGGUUCAAAACCAGGUGGGCCAGCUGUUGGAAACCCGGCCUGGCUUGCACGACUUGGUCUCCCAGCAAAUCGUCACGGAUGGACCGGAAGUGGCGAAUGCGUUGCAAGGGCCUCGGCAAUCGUUGGUCCGACAGUUGAAAGCCGACGAAUUGUCUCGCAAACUCAAGUCACGCAAGUCGUUUGACCAGCUUUUCACAGGCCCGAGCAAUGCAUUGAAGUCAAACCCAACUAAAAACGUUUCGUCUAAACAACAACAAAAGCCAGCGCUGUCCAACGCCCAGCGCCGCGCCAGGUACACGGUGGCACUCAAGGCGGCAUCCCGCAUUGCGGCGGACAAGCUCAUCUCAGCGGCGGAGAAGGGCCGCUUGAAGGACCUCAUUCUCGCAGACGACUCCCGCGUGAGCAUGGCCAUCGCGCUGUACGAAAACGACCGCGAUGUGGAAGAGAUGCUCGAUACGUUGUACCGUAUUGCCAAGUCCACCAGUCGAGGGUCGAUGUGACAACGUGUAAAUAUGGACGAUGCAAUACAAUACUAUAUUGUGAGAGA